AAUCUCUUCCACCGUAGAGAAGUCUUUCUCACAUACUCUCCGUCUUUGCAAAGGAAUACCCAAUGGCGGAUGCAUUUCUUGGUGCCACUAUACAGUUUCUAGAGGGGAAAGUAAUAACCUUGGCUUCCCAGCAGAUUAGCCUUUCUUUAGCCUUUAAGAGAGAUUUGCCGAAGCUGAAGAAAACACUUACCAAGAUCCAAGCUGUUUUUCGUGAUGCAGAGCAAAAGAAAGUCACCCUCGAGUACGCGAAGCUUUGGCUGAAGGAACUUGAAGACGUGGCUUUUGAUGCUGAUAACUUGUUGGAUGAUCUCAAUUAUGAAAUGAUUCUACGCAAAGUUGAGAUUCAGAAACAGGUGAAGAGGAAGGUAUACUUCUCUUUGUCACUCUUCAAUCCCAUCACAUCUCGUUUCAAUAUCGCAUAUAGAAUUCGAACGGUCACUAUGGAAUUGAAAAGAAUUAAUGAAGAAGCAAAGGGCUUUGGCCUCCGGUCACAAAAUGGAGGAUUUAUGAAGAACAGAGAGACUAACUCUGUUACUAUUGAUUCAAGCUUUGUUGGAAGAGAUGAUGACCUCUCGAUGAUAGUGACAGGGUUGACUGCUGCGAGUAAAAAUGAAAUAGUCCUGGUUCUUCCUAUAGUUGGCAUGGGCGGGAUUGGUAAGAUCACCUUGGCUCGAAAAGCUUUUAACGAUCUAAAGAUUGAAAAUCAUAUUUUGACAAGAGAAUAUGGAUACGUGAAUUAAAAGAUUUUGAUGUUAAUAGAUUUUUUAAUUCGAUUAUAGAAUCAUUGCAAGUCUGAAAACCUGAAGCUGAGGGUCAAGAAGCCAGAGUCAAGCUGCUAAAAGAGUUAUCGGAUGAUAAAAGGUAUCUAUUGGUCCUUGAUAAUGUGUGGAAUGAGCAAGCCACACUAUGGAAUGAUUUUCUUGGGUCUUUGAAAGGUAUCAGCUCAUCCAAGGGGAAUUCCAUUCUUCUAACCACCCGUCAGCAACAAGUGGCAGCCAUGACAAGAAUUUCUUCUUCUCCAUGUUCUUUGAAAAAAUUGCCAGAUGAUGAAUGCUGGCUCAUUCUCAAAGAAAAUGCAUGUGGUGUUGGGGAAGUGCCGGAUGGACUGCAAGACAUAGGAUACGAGAUUGCACAAAAAUGCCAAGGUGUACCAUUAGCUGCAAGUGUAGUCGGCUGGAUAUUGCGCAACAAGGGAAGUGAUGAAAGGCUUUCAAUUUUGGAGACUGGCCUUCAAAAUUUAGGUGGAGAUGAAAAGUUGAGCCUUCAUCAUCUUCCAUCUCCAUCGCUGAAAAAGUGCUUUGCAUACUGUUCAAUUUUUCCCAAAGACAUUGAAAUAAAUAGUAGUCAGCUACUUCCAACUUUGGGCAGCAGAAAGAUUUCUUCAUUCAAAUCCAAGAAACAAUAUGGAGAUGGAGGAAGUUGGAGAAAUGUUUUUUUUCGAUUUUGUUGGAAACUAACUUGUUGCAAGAUGCUGUGAGGGAUGAGUACAGGAAUGUUUUGAAUUGCAAAAUGCAUGAUCUUGUGCAUGAUUUGGCAUUAUCCAUCUUCAAUUAUAAAGCCUUAAGGUUGAAAGGAACUAGAACAUAUUACGACGAGACCCUUUCUAUUCGGUAUCUUGCGACGGAGAAUGGUGACGAAGAAAUACCAUUUCCUUUGCAUGAGAGUUUCAGAGGGUUGGAAAUUGGACCCUUCUCAGAAAUCAUGGAUCUGCAUUCGUUCCUAGACCUCUUCAAAACUCUCCGACCACAGCACCACUUGCCCUCCCUUUGGCAUUUAAGUUUGUAUGAAAACUUCAGCACGCCUCCUCCUUUGAAAUUCUUGAUUUAGAAGUUUUUGCAGUAAAAUCAUUGCCCGAUUGUUUGGGAAGCUUUCGUCACUUGUACAACUCGGGCUCGACUAUUGUGAAACGCUAGAGAGUUUGCCUUCCAACCAAUCAAUGAGAAGCCUCGCCAAACUAAGAUGGCUGCGGAUUGAAGGUUGUCACCCUCUACAGGAAAGAUGCAAUCCAGAGAGCAGCCGCAGCAGCAACGCCCCCAAUUCUGAGUGGUCCAAGAUAUCCCAUGUUCCUGAAAUCACCAUUGAUGGUUAGCAAAUUGAAGGAAUCUCUAUGUAAAGUUCAUGCUAAUGUAAAUUUCCCAAUUAAAGAUCCUCUGAAUUCCUCUAUAAGUUUCUUUCAUCAUUUCCUCCUCAUACUCUUUCUGCUAAACAAUUGAUGCAAAAGAUCUUGCUUGGCCCUGUGAACUUUUUUGCUGAGGUGUAUGUGUGAGAGAGAGAUUAAUAUUUUAUUUUUCCGGAUGACUAUUCAUUUGUGGUCUUUACUUGGUGUCCGGCUCUGCCAAAUAACUCUUUUCCCUCCUACGUUUACUUGUGGCUGCCCAAGAACUGAGAUUUUGGAGAUCAGAUGUAGUUCUUGCAGGAUACGUUUUCGUGUUUCCUUUUUCAUCACUUAAAUAAUGAUGUGAUUUAUAAUUUAUGGCUAUGUUGUGAAUUGCAGCUGAAAUUUUUGAAAGUUCAAUUUUCUGAGCAACAUGAAGUUUCUUCAAAUUUGCUCAUCUUGUUUUCCUUCUACCUUGCUUAUGCACUUAGUAGAUACAUUGCAUAUCCAGUCCUGGUUUAUAUCCAGGACAUCUUUAAA